AUGAGGAGUAGGUGGGCACACCUAAACCAUACCCCAUCUCAUGCAAUCUACCCAAAUCUCAAGAACAAGGAUGAUGGAGAUGCAUAUGGAUUAGCUUUGUUUGCAUUUAGAAAUAAUUGUGAAUUGGAAAUAUUUACAAAGGCAAAGCCACUUACAGAAGAAAACACAUUUAUGGAUAAGGUUAGAGAGAAAAUGAAAGGAAAGAAGUGUGAGGAAGAGGUUCUUAAUUCUAGUGAAUCAAGUGAUGAAUCUGUGAAGGGUAUACAUUUUGAUGAUGGCGAGGAGGAAAGGAUGGAUGUGUUUGAUGUAGGUAUGGAUGAAGGCCAACCUAGAGCUACACAUGUUGUUAAUCAAGUGUGUUGA